AUGAGGGCGAAGUAUGGGGUGUUGGUGCCUGGAGUGAGAGCCACUCGCUAUCAUUCUCCGGUUUGGAGAGAGAUGUGCGCCAGGGCUAUGUUGGUCCUUCAGGAGAUCAGAUGGGCUAUUGGCGAUGGUCGCUCUAUUGAUGUGUUGGAGGAUAGUUGGGUGACUGCACAGCCGCUCAGUCGUCUGCCGACCUUGGUGGACUCGGGACGAUUGGCGGGCCACACAGUUAGUGACCUGAUGAGCUCAGAGGAGGGCCGAUGGAGGGAGGAGAUGAUUAGGGAGGUCUUUGGGGCGCACUUGGCGGAGAUGGUUCUUGCCCUCCCGGUGCCGAUGCGAGGGGAGACUGACAGGUUGGUGUGGGCGCCGACGGGGCGAACGCAGGUGCGCGCUAGGGAUCUACAGGCUUUGUUCAGGGGGGAGCCAGCUCGGCAGAUAGAGGGAGGGUGGAUUUGGAGGAUGCGGACCCAUCCGCGAGUGGCGCUCUUUUUUUGGAAGGUGGCCUGGGGCUGCCUUCCAACUAGGAGUGUGCUAGUCCGGCGGGGCAUGCGGAUCUUGCAGUGCUGCGAGGUGUGCACGGUCAGUGAGGAGACUAUUGGGCACGUUCUUCUGCAGUGUCCCAAGGCUAGGGAGAUUUGGAGGAGGUCUCCUGUUCCUCUUCCCCUGUCGGUUGUGUCGGUACAGGAUCUGCUGCAGUUGGUGAGAGACUCUUUCCGGCAGCCUAGUUCUGUUGAGGUAGGGGUUCUCAGAGCAUACCUGGCCUAUCACAUUUGGUUGGACAGGAAUGCGGUUUUGUUUGAGGGCAGGAGGUCCUCGCCGAGGUUGGUGGUGGUUAGAGCAGUGCUUCAGGCUAGAGAGGUGAUCUCAUGCGCUGCUACGGGUUCUCUUGGGACGGCCGGGGACAUCUGGGGCACUCGUUUCGCUAUUACAGCGCCCAGCGUGGCGGCAGAUGGGAGGUCUGGAGGGGUUGGUUUUGUGAUCAGAGACCAUCAUGGCAGCUUGGUUGCAGCAGGGGGCCGUCAUGUACCAGGUCUUACUGUAGUUGGGGCAGAGCUUCGAGCUGCCUGGGAGGGGAUUACCUAUACGAGACGGGUGCUCGGUGCUGAGCGGGUGCACAUUGAGGGAGACUCAUCGACGGUGAUCGAGUGGAUUCGGUGUGCUGACCGGUAUGGGGAUGGCCACCCACUCAUUUGCGAUAUUCGCAAGCUGGUUGCUGAGCUAGGCGAGCAUCAGGCUGCACAUGCUUUUCGGGAGGCGAACAGGGCUGCAGACUGGGUCGCCUCCUAUGUUGCUCGACAUUCCGGGGAGUUCUUGUGGACAUCCAUAGCAGAGCUCCCGCACCCUUUGUACUCUUUACUUUCUUUUGACUUGGCAGGAUGUAUUCAGGUUAGAGCUAUAUGA